GGGCGCCGAUGGCAUCGAGUCGUUCCUACUUACUCCGUACCAAUUGGAUAGUUUUGUCAGUAUUCAACACAUGUAAGUAUGUUACUCACUGUUGAAGGCACGUACUGUAUGUACAAGAUAAGGCAGAUAGCCCAAUUGAUGCCCUUAAUACAAUGCUCAUUCAUCGUGUCUCCUCGAGCAAGUGACAUAAACUCGCCAUUACCGUCGAGCCUCCGGGCAUUGCCGUUCCCUCGCAGCUCACAAUCCAUGUUCUCAACUUUUUAGCUGGUUAGGAUUGCUCUUUCCAGCGACAUAGCGGAUUUUUUCCCGCUCAGAAACCCAAGUCGCUAGCCUCCGUAACGUUAAAUCUCUC